GCACUGGUGGGCACAGGUGGGUGGCACUGGUGGGCACAGGUGGGUGGCACAGGUGGGUGGGCACAGGUGGGUGGCACUGCUGGGCACAGGUGGGUGGGCACAGGUGGGUGGCACUGCUGGGCACAGGUGGGUGCAUUGCUGGGCACAGGUGGGUGGCACUGCUGGGCACAGGUGGGCGGAACUUGUGUGUUGCACUGCUGGGCACCAAUCAUCAGGGCACUGAUGAUCACCGGUAAUCGGCUUUCCGUGGAAGGGACAUGUACACUGAUCAUCAGGGCACUGAUGAUCAGUGUGCCCUGAUGAUCAGUGUGGCCCCAGAAGUGCCACCUGUCAGUGCCCAUCAGUGCC